CACAACUGUCGAAACUUUUUUUUUAUUACACAACAAUAAAUGAUAAAUUAAUGCAUUGGCGUCUAUAAAAAAUUAUGUUAUUAAAAGCGCCUCUACAUUUCACUUUUUAAACUAUUUUACUGACGCCAUUUUGCCUAUCCGCCAUUAUACACAUAUUUAGCGCCCAAAAACAAUAUGUCAACAUCCAACAUAAUAUGUAAUCUCAAGAAUUUAUUAAUAUUCAUUAAUAAAUCAACUAACGAAAAAUGAUUGUGUGUAUUUUACUUGAAUAAUCUCAAAAAUUACAAUAAAAAAAUGAGAUAAUAGACAUGAUAUGUGGGCAAGGAGGGUUUUGACAAGUUCUAAGGAACAUCAUGAAAUGCCAAGAAAAAAGAUAGUUUCAUUAGCUUGCAAAAAAAAAAUAAUAAAUACAGUAAUUAUGAGAUUAUAAUCACACAGAUAAUUCAACUCAAUAAUCACUCAAUAUCACAAAUAUAUUUUCCCUGUCGUUCUUCAUGAGAAACGUAUUAUAUUAAUCUGGGAGACCUAUUUGCCAAGUUGACCUAUUUCAUCAUAUUAGCAAUACUUGAAUAUAUUCCAGGCGAACUCAUGAGUCAAUUCUUUAAAGUAGUCAUAAUAAUAACUGUUGAAUCAUUUUCUCGUAUAAUGUUUUAAUUCUAAUAAAAUUUUUUAUACACGUUGAUGAAUUUAUUUAUUAUUUAUCAUGUAAUAAAAAAAAAAAGUUUGACAGCUGUGUACAGUGGUGUGAGUGAGAGUUUGAUAAAUCAUUUAGUUCAUUUUAUAAAAAAAGAGGGCACUUUCAACUAUCAUACACUUUAUGUAGUAUGAUACGUAUCAUACGUAUGAUUGUAUGAUACCCCGAAAAUCGUCGAAUAACCCAUCACUGGUGCAUUGCAGUGGUAAAUGGUAAUAAAAAAAAAAAACAAACCAUGGCUCAACAACCAAAAGACCUCCUAAGUGCACUGACAGCUUAUGAGCGUGCUCGUGAAAGAGAGGAAGCAUCCCGGGCACGACGCAGAGCUGAUCUUGCUCGACGUCACGAGCAAGCUCAAGCUAGUCUUUAUUUGAUUGAAGCAGAAGCCCUUCAAGAAGGCUACGAAAUGCCAGCUUCAGCUUUUCGUGGUGUUUAUUUUCAUGAUGCUGAUAAUCGUGAUGAUAAUCGUGGUAAUCUUGAUGGUGCUGUGGAGCUUGAUAAUGUUGGAGGUGCUGAUGCCAUCGAUUUGAGAGUUGCUCGUCGGGAAGAAAUGUUGAGAGGUGUACCAGUCGGUGGUAUUGCUGGUGGUGCUCAUAAUAUUCAUGGUGUUUUUGGUGCUGGGGCUGGACGUGGUAAUGGUGGUACUCUUGGAGGUCGUGCUGGAGGUGUCAUUCUUGGUCAGAUGCCAGUCAACGAGUUUGAAAGUUCCAGGUACUGGCGAAAGCAGUACUUCCAAUUAAUACUUGGUGGUGGUGGUGGUGGUGGUGGUGGUGGUAAUCGAGGACCAGGAAAUAACACCAGGAGACGAGGACGAGGACAAGGUAGACAAGGUGGUAGACAAGGUGGUCGAAAUGGACCCGCCAAUGUCUUCUAUUUGGGACAAUAA